AUGACGAAACACAACGCAAGCGUUGCAUCACGUCAGUUUUCUGUGAGGCCGUGGUAUCACACCGGUCGAGCCGGCCCAUUCGUGUCGAAGCAUGGCUCUCCCACACAACCGGUAAACGAGCAGACGGAUCACCUGAUGGUAUCCUCGCCAAGGCAGGAGCAGUCAUUCGAUGAUAUUCCCCCCUUAAAAAAAAGCGUUGUUUCAAGUCGGUUUUCUGUGAGGCCGUGGUGUCACUCCGGUCGAGCCGGCCCAUUCGUGCUGAAGCAUGGCUCUCCCAAAAAAUACUCUUUGUUCUGCUCUAGGAAUGAAAAUCAUCGAAAGACUGCUCCCGCCUGGGGUGAGGCGGGAGAGAGUGUCAGACUCUUACUGACUAAAAACCACCCCGUUCCUUCUCCUGCACGUCGAGCCGGAGCCCCGGUAAUCCGUUAG